AUGAGCCGGAUAAACAGCUUCUGCUGCGAAUGUGCAGCCACGCAAAGCCGUUGCAGUGCCGAUAACUGUCCGUGUGUAGCUGCACGGAAAACCUGUGAUGAGCACUGUGAAAGCACCAGGUAUCGAGGUGAUUGUCUGAAUCAAGCCAUUUGUAAGUGCUCCUGUGAAGUCGACCCUGCCAAACCUGCCAAAAACGCCUGUUCCAAAGCCGAACGCUGUGAUUGCUUACGAAUCAAAGAGGGAUGCACUAAGCUCUGUGCCUGUAAGCAGAUCUGCAAGAACAAGUUUGAAGUAGAGGAAACACUGCGUCGAAGUGAGGACAUCAAUUUCCCUCCGUCUGUUUCUCGUCUGGUGAAUCAGUUCUGUAUUUAUGCGUCAUUUCCGGAGCAGCCGAAGAAGGUCGCCAAGGUGACGAAACCAGAACAAGGCUGUCAAUGCGCAAAAAGCAAGAAGCAGUGUGUAAAGAAAGAAUGCCCUUGUCGAACUGUCUACGAGUUUUGCUCUAUAAGCUACAUUUUCUCCUUAAACGUCUGGGGAUCCAAAUUGGAUUACUUGACGCUGCUGAACUUGUUUUGGAAGCGCUGA